GAUGGGAGACGAACUGGGAGAUGAGUGGUGGCAAGGAAAUAAUAAUUCAGGUAAGUUAUCUCCCAUGGAAUUUUGAAAGAGAAGUUUCAGAAGGUCCUUCUGAAGAUGAAGCAGACAAGGCUGAAGUGAAGACCCCUGAAAAGAGUGAAACAAAGAAGAGAAAGAGCCAAAGUGUGAAGCCAGCAAAGGCAAAGAAGAAGAAAACAGAUACCGAGUGCUUUGUUGCUCAGAAGACAACUGAUGUUGAAGAAAAGGUCUCUAAGAAAUCCAGAAGGAAAAAGAAGAAGAUCACACAAGUUCUGGCUUCUACAACCCCCAAACCAGGCUGUCCAGCCGACCUGUGGAGACUUAUUGAGGAGCAGUAUUCCGACAGCCGCUCCGCCAUUGAGAUGGAGGAGCUCAAGCUGCCAGAUUCUUGUUUCCUCCCAAGCAAUGACCUAACCCACAGCCUUUCAUCAUUUCUCAAAGAAAUCUGCCCAAAAUGGGCAAAGCUUUGUAAGCAACACACAGAGAAGAAGUCCGUGAUUGUGCUUGUUGUCUGUAGUUCCGCCCAUCGCACCUUGGAACUUAUCAACUAUGUCAUAAUGGUACAAGAUUGUGUAGAUACCAAGAAGAAAAAGGUAGAACAACAGAUGCAGCAUCUGGAAAAAAGUGUGGCACACAUCGGGGUAGGAACCCCUGGCAGAAUUAAAGCUCUGAUAGAGAAAGAUGGCUUGACUCUGAACGCAUUGAAGUAUGUGGUGUUAGACUGGAACUGGAGGGACCAGAAGCUGAGACGAUUGGCUGACAUACCCGAGGUCAGAUUGGAAAUGCUGAAGCUUCUGGAAACUGGCAUCAUUCAGGCCUGUAAAGCUGGAACAGUUAAAUUGGGGCUGUAUUAAGAAAUUUCAUAUCAGCAGCAAUACUGAUACAAGUUUUUCCUCCAGUUUGCUGAUUCCCAAACAAUGCAGAUUACUGUAUGUAGUAUUUUAUUUACUUACAAUCCUUAGUGGAACAUGUUUUAAACAGGCAUUUGUUUUUUUUUUAUGCUGUUCAAUACCAAGGUAUGUUUAUGGAAGCAAAAUAAACCAGUCCCCA